AGUGACUGUAUUCAACGGUGUUUUGUAUGAGAAUAGUUUUACUAAACGAGGCGAAAAAUAAUCAACCAAAUUUCGUGCCGGAAUAGGAUCGAUGUCACAAGACAAUUAUGUUGAUAAUUUGAUGACACCAACUUGGAGCUACCGUAAAUGAUUUCUAUUGUGGAAUUACAUUUCAAAUAUACUCAAAUAAAACAAUAGUCACGAUAGUCACGAAAACAAUCCCUCAAACGCCGGUAUAUUUCGAAACGUUUUUGGCAUUACAAAAUGUCAAUAUUUUCCGAGUUCAAAUAACCCAAAUUGAUAUAAUUAUAAAAUAAGAACUGAUUGUUCGCUCUUGAAGUUGCCCUUCAAUUUGAAGAUUAGAAUUUCAUUCUACUAUAAUUUUGUUUUCAAGAAAUACUUGUGAUGGAAGACACAAUUGAAAAUUCGACGAAAUUUGGUGUUUUAUCCAUGGAAUUUGUGUGUGAAAAAUGUGAAAAAGGUCAAAGCCACGAUUAUUGAAAGCGGUCAUCUUAAUACUGUGGCAUACAUUCAAAACAAUGGCGCUGAAGCAAGAAGAAAAACAAAACCAAAAUUGCUAUUCGGCGAAGGUCGUCGAGCCGCGUGCACGCAAUACCAUCACUAUAAUUAUGAAUGUGUUCCAUUCGCCGCAGAGUCGAUUCCAUUUGUGGUUUCUCACUUGAUCGUGUGUUGACGGUGUUCAAAUCUAUUGGACCGUGUCAUGGAACAUGGAAAAACGAGCAUAAUGGCAAUUGAGAAACCCAUUUGGUCACAAAAAUGUAAACAAAGAAAUUUAUUUUCCCAUUGUUACUUGUGAUUUGAUGCAAUCUUAUGGCGCGCGCGCAUUCCGAAAUCUAUGAUCUCACCGACAACAAAAUGAAUCAUCAAAUGUAGAGAGGAAUGAGCUCCAAUAAAUCACACAUACACACAGCAUGGCAAACCUACGUCGCGACAACUCAAUUUUCGUCCAUGUGUUUUGCUGCGAUUCCGUUUGUGGUAAUUUUCUUUUGAGCCCACCGUCACCAGUGAACAAAAGCGUCGGUUGACAACUUCGGUCAAAUUAUGCAAGAAAGAUCAAAUGAUGAUGAUGUCCUCAUGUGGUGAAAAUUUCGCAUAUAAUCGCAAAAAUACGUCGAAAUGUUAAUACUACUUCGAGGUCUGUCACAAUAUGUAAAUAUCGCUUUUACUGACGACAUUGUAGAGAAGACAGAGAGAGAGAGAAAGAGAGAGGCCAUAUCUUGAGUAUCAGCUGUACAUGGGACACAACACCGUGAUACUACGUUUUUCUCUCAACUUAUCAUUCAGUUAUCAUUCAGCCAGGAAAAUGAAUCUAAUUAGAAUAGUCAACGAUUUUUUUUUCUCAUACGUUCAUAAGUGGAGUUCGUACAAGCCCAUCGCGUUGUUCGUUUGUAAACAUAAACAAAUGAAACGAUACACACAAGCAAUAACACACCAUACUACUGUUUUUUCUGCAGCGGUCGAUUCUCUGUUAUUUGUCUGGGUAGCAUACACUCAAAGUGGGCUCUUGGAGACGACCGAGUAACAUAAUGCUUUAGCACACAGUCUAGUCAGUACAUGCACAAAUACAUUCACACUUAUAGACGCAGUGUAUUUACUAGCGACAUGAAAAAAACCACUCUAAGCGACGAACCAACCGAAUGCGGCCGAUAUAAAAAUCCACUGGAAUUUUUCUACAUGUUUACUUGAAAAGGUGCUUUCCAUCCAAAAAGUCGUCUGUGUAGCAGUACUAGAAACGUUGGAACGUUUUGGAGUGUUUUAUUUAUUUUUAACAAGCCGAUUUCAUCGAUCAAAUUAUCAAAUUAAAAAUUGAUUUGCACAGCAAUUACUGCUCGGACAAACGACGCGAACGCAUAAAGACCAAAGCAUCAAAGAGCGUAGAGACUCCGCAACAGAGGCAACCGAAAGUGAAUUUUUAUUCAUAGUUCCAUCGUAGAUCAAGCAACACGACAACAUAGCCGCUGCGGAUUAUUUGUUGGGUUGCAGUACGUUUAUAUUUGGCACAGUUGCAUCGUGAAAUCUAUUGGCCAAAUCAGUUAGCGCUUCACGAGCCAAGGUGCACAAAACAAACCAAUCAACUCGAUCGAUUACAAUUGUCGCAAUUGAACAUCACGAAAAGAAAGAAAAAAAAUCAUUUUAAACCAAAUUGCAUUUGUCGAAAAGAAUUCCAAGAAUUAGAAGACAUUUCUUCGCAUUUCAAUCAUAAUCAAGUGUGAGAGUGACUCUUGGAUUAGAAACGAGAAAAACAAUAACAACAACAAUUUUUGAGUUCAUCAAUUUCGUGCCGAUUGAUUCACGCUGUAUAUUGUUACCUAUUUUUUUUCUUCUUUGCUGUAUAUUGGUGUGAAAAGCCACUUGCAAUAACAAUACCUUCAUAGCAAGUUUAUGCAAUCCAAAUCAAUGGCAAAGUAUUUGUAACAGUUGCACAAAAACAGAAUAACUCGACUAUUGCUGCCAUAAUUUUUUUUCUUCGUUUUUUUUCUCCUUCGCUGAUGAACAAAUGUAAAAAAAAACACACAAUAAAUAAAGCCGUUAUUUUAAUAAACAAAAGUGAAAUAAAUACGCGUGCAGAAAAAAAGAGCAGCCGUCCAAACGCGAACGAAUUUUAAAUUAAAAUUAGCAAAUACACUUUUAGUUUUUGUUCCACGCUGAAGGUGUUUGAUUCGGUUUUCAUCGUUUAAAGAAGAAAAAAAAAAGAUUGUGAAAUUUCGCUAUAAUAUUUCGUUGGUUGUUGUUCGUGUUUUGUGUUCUUCAGUUUGAUCGGAUGUGGAAAUUGGUUGGAUCUAUUCUUUGACCUGGUUUGAUGUGAAGGGAGAGUGAGAGAGAGAGACAGAGAAAGAAAAUAAUAAGAAAUACAUAAGGCACUCGUUCGAACGUACACCAAGCGGAGCGCACUUGAAUCCAUGCAUUGCACUUCAUAGCCACGGAUUUUUAAAACUCUCGACAGCACGCUUUGGAUAGUACCAAGAUCGAUCGGUGAUCAAAAGUUAGUUAGUGUGAUAACGCCAUAGAGAUCGAUCGAGUCAAAAACGUGCACAUUUUAACAUAAGUAUUGGGUAAUUCCAGUUUGUGUGCAUUUUAUUCAUUUGCCGAGUGUUUAUUUCGAAAUUGGGUAACCGACCGCCAGCACCAAAUCGGCAUAAAAACGUAGUUCGAGAGAGUGAAAUCGCUUCUGUGAAGAAACAAAAUAAAACAGUGCAUUCAAGAAUUGACGACGUCGAGUUUAUGUGAUCAACGAAAUAAAACCUAAGCGAGACAACAGCAACGAACAAAAAAAAAAUACGGAUAACCAUGGAAUUUGCCGUGAAUUGGAUUGUUUUCAGUGCGGUUGCAAUUUCAAUCGGCUCAUCGAUAGAGACACCCAAAUAUAUUUUACCAUGUCAACGAAACGAUCCGCAGAUAAAUCAAUGCAUAAAGCGGUCAUUCAAUCAUUUGAAACCAUUUUUGGGCAAGGGACUUGCGGAAAUAAAUGUGCCAGCACUUGAACCAUUGUUGAUCGAACAAAUGAAUAUGGACAAUGACGCCGGAGCCGUGCGAAUAAAAGCUAGAUUCAGUGAAAUAUUGGCAAAGGGAGCUAGCAACUACACCAUCAAAGAAGUUCGCAGUGAUGUCAAGAAACUUCGGUUCGACAUGCGUUUGACAAUUCCACGAGUUGAGGCAAGAGGCAAAUAUGACAUCGUUGGCAAUGUACUUUUGUUGCCGGUGCGAUCAAAUGGUGAAUUUUGGGCUGAAUUCACUGAUAUCACAGCCAUCAUCAAAGUGUACGGCAAAGAGCAGACACGCGACAAUGAUGCCUACAUGAAUAUUGAAAAACUUGGCUUAGAUUUCACGAUGAAAAAUGCUCGAUUCAAGGUCAAGGAUAACCUAAAUAGUCAAAAUGUUCUCGGCGAGGCCAUCAACCAAUUUUUAAAUACAAAUGCCAAUGAUUUGGUGCAAGAAAUGAGACCAGCUGCAUCACAAAGUAUUGGACGAUUGUUCAAGAAGAUCUUGAAUUCGGCAUUCGGUAGCAUACCAAUGCGACAAUGGCUCCUUUCUUAGACACAAAAUAAGAAGAGAAAGAAAAACAACGUGACUCACGACAUUUGUUAUAGCUGUCAUUCAUCAUUGCCGCACGUGCACCACCAACAUACAUUUCGAUUGUUCUACAAUCUGAUUGGGGUUUCAUUCAAAUUCACACCUUCAUCUUAAUUGGGCGUUAUAUCGUUUAGUUUACAUAAUCUAAUAUCAAUUAAUGAAAGAAAAUCGAUCACCUUCCCACUGAAGCCCACUUAUUCUCAUCUGCAAUUCGGAAACUUCCAUUUCAUCGUCUAUCACGUCAUAGAUUUUGUAAUUUUAUUCUUCAAUCAAUCAACAAAAUUUAGAUGUAAAUUAUAUUGUUUUUUCUUUAGCCUUAACAGAUGAACAUAGUUUAAAUGAAACAUUUUUAUUCAAAAUUACAUAUUUCGAAAUCCACGAAUAAAACUGAAUCAAAAAGA